GAGGGGGUUGGGGAAAAGCCUCGAGGGCGCACGCGGAGAGCGUUCCGGCCGCCGCAGCCGCCAUGUCCUGCGCUAAUUACAGCAGCUUGAACCGGGCGCAGCUCACCUUCGAGUACCUGCACACCAACUCAACUACCCAUGAGUUCUUGUUUGGUGCCCUUGCUGAACUUGUAGAUAAUGCCAGAGAUGCGGAUGCCACAAGAAUAGACAUUUAUACUGAGCGCCGAGAAAACCUGCGAGGUGGAUUCAUGCUGUGUUUUCUGGAUGAUGGAACGGGAAUGGAUUCAAAUGAAGCUGCCAGUGUUAUUCAGUUUGGUAAAUCAGCCAAGCGAUCGCCGGAGUCAACUCAAAUCGGGCAGUAUGGGAACGGCCUGAAAUCGGGUUCCAUGCGGAUUGGGAAAGACUUUGUCCUGUUCACAAAGAAAAGUAACACCAUGACUUGCCUCCUCUUGUCCCGGACGUUUCAUGAGGAAGAAGGCAUUGAUGAGGUCAUUGUUCCACUGCCCACCUGGAACGUGUGGAACCGAGAGCCUGUGAGUGACAACAUGGAGAAGUUUGCUAUUGAGACGGAGCUGAUUUACAAGUAUUCCCCGUUCAAAUCAGAACAGCAAGUGAUGGAGCAGUUUAAUAAGAUCCGUGGUGAGAAAGGCACCCUGGUGAUCAUCUUUAACCUCAAACUGAUGGACAACGGGGAGCCAGAGCUGGAUGUGACUUCUGACCCUCGAGACAUUCAGAUGGCAGAAAUCCCCCCAGAGGGAACAAAGCCUGAGCGCCGCUCCUUCCGUGCCUAUGCUGCUGUGCUGUACAUUGAUCCCAGGAUGAGAAUCUUUAUAAACGGACACAAGGUGCAAACCAAGAGGCUUUCCUGCUGCUUGUACAAGCCAAGGAUGUACAAAUAUACUUCAAAUCGUUUCAAGACUCGUGCAGAGCAAGAGGUGAAGAAAGCAGAGCACAUGGCAAGGAUAGCGGAGGAGAAGGCUCGGGAGGCAGAAAGCAAAGCCCGUGCGUUCGAGCUGCGCCUUGGGGGGGACCUUACACGGGAGUCCAGGGUGACGUUACGUCAGGUGCAGAACUCGGCCAUAACCCUGCGCCGGGAGGCCGACGUCAAGAAGAGGAUUAAGGAUGCAAAGCAGCGGGCACUGAAGGAACCCAAAGAGCUGAAUUUCAUUUUUGGUGUGAAUAUUGAGCAGCGUGAGUUGGAUGGCAUGUUCAUUUAUAACUGCAGUCGACUGAUAAAGAUGUAUGAGAAGGUGGGCCCACAGCUGGAGGGUGGCAUGGCGUGUGGUGGAGUAGUCGGCGUUGUGGAUGUGCCCUAUCUGGUUCUGGAGCCAACUCAUAACAAACAAGACUUUGCUGAUGCCAAAGAAUACCGACACUUGCUGAAGGCUAUGGGAGAGCAUUUAGCUCAGUACUGGAAGGAUGUAGCCAUAGCCCAGAAGGGUAUCAUCAAGUUCUGGGAUGAGUUUGGUUAUCUGUCAGCAAACUGGAACCAGCCUCCAUCCAGUGAACUGCGCUACAAGCGCCGCAGAGCCAUGGAGAUCCCUACCACCAUCCAGUGCGAUGUAUGCCUGAAAUGGAGGACUCUCCCAUUCCAGCUGAGUUCAGUGGAGAAGAAUUACCCUGAUAGUUGGGUGUGCUCUAUGAACCCUGAUCCUGAACAAAAUAGGUGUGAAGCUCCAGAGCAGAAGCAGAAAUUACCACUGGGAACCUUGAAGAAGGACUCAAAAUCGCAGGAGGAAAAGCAGAAACAACUGUCAGAGAAAAUCCGGCAGCAGCAGGAAAAACUGGAAGCACUGCAGAAAACCACGCCAGUUCGAUCUCAAGCUGACUUAAAGAAGCUGCCUCUGGAAGUGACCACACGGCCUGCAGGGGAGCCAGUGACUCGAUCGCAGCGCCCACGAUCUCCUCCCUUACCCGAUGUCAUCAAGAAUGCUCCCAGCAGACCGCCACCACUUACACCUCCUUCCAGGUCUGUCAGUCAGCUGAAGAGGGGCUCUUCAACUUGGACAGCUAUUAACACUCCCAGAUUGGCAAGCAUUCUCUCCAAGGAGGAGGCCAGCACUUCCAAGAUGUACCACGAUGCUGUAACAGCUGUGACAGCCAGAAAAUACAAUAGCACUUCAAAGACUCUUGCCAAACCAACUACACCAACCAAACCCUCCUCUGCUGUCCCACAGAGCCCCAAAAGCCCACGUGAGACACCCAACUCAAAAACUGCCAAGGUGUCAACACCAAAGAAACCUGCCACUGUCAGAUCGCCCCAGGCCUGCACCCCCAGGAAGAGGACUGUAUGCACUGCUGAGGAGUUGUCUGAGGAGGAAGUAGAGUGCAAGAAGGAGAGGAUAAAACGAGGCAAAUUUGUAGCAGUGAAAGAGGAGAAGAAAGAUCCCAGCGAGGUGGUGGUGGAGCUCACAGACAGUGCAGGGGAAGAAGAUAUGGCAGAACUGAAGGAAGCUCAGAAAGACAAAGGGCUGCACGUGGAGGUCCGUGUGAACAAGGAAUGGUUCACAGGCCGUGUCACAGCUGUGCAAAAGGGCAAGCGUGCCAUACGCUGGAAGGUGAAGUUUGAUUAUGUUCCUACAGACACCACGCCAAGAGAUCGCUGGGUACAGAAGGGUAGUGAGGAUGUGAGAUUGAUGAAGCCUCCCUCUCCAGAGCACCAGAGUCCAGACACACAGCAGGAAGAGGAGCUGGUUGUGGCUGAACCUUCUACCUCAGAAAGUGUUGGAAUUGAACCAGACACUACAGGUCCUAGCAGUGGCCAAGAAACAGUGGACUUACUAGUUCAGAUCCUUCGGAAUUGUUUGCGAUACUUCUUGCCUCCAAAUUUUCCUAUUUCCAAGAAGGAGUUGAGUUCCAUGAGUUCAGAAGGAUUGCUGGCAUUUCCCUUGAAAGACUAUUUCAAACAGUACGAGAUGGGUCUGCAGAACCUGUGCAAUUCAUAUCAGACCCGUGCUGAUGCCCGGGCCAAAGCCUGUGAAGAAAACCUGCGCAAUACUGAGAGAAAGCUGAAGGAAACGGAGGAGAAACUGCAGAAGCUGAGGACUAACAUUGUGGCUUUGCUGCAGAAGGUGCAGGAGGACAUUGAUAUUAAUACAGAUGAUGAACUGGAUGCAUAUAUCGAGGACCUGAUCACAAAAGGAGACUGAAUAGCAUUACACAUCCUCAGGAAGUGUAGAAUUGCUGGUUACUUUGAUGGAGAUGUGGAUUCCUGCAGUAGAAGUCUAUGACAGCAGAUGAAAGAAGAGAGCUUGUAGACAGUGCUGCCAUUGUUUUGGUGUACAGCUUGUUGUGACUGAAAAGGACAUUUGUGCUUUUGGCAGGAAGGUUUUUAACAUUAUAAUUCUUUGAAUUUCUUUCUUCCUUUUGUUUAUAAAUAUUUAUUUUUAAAAUAAAUGGGAACUGUGCCUGGUAUGAUGGGAGGGUUGCUGUGUGGUUUUAGUGAAGUAAAAGUGUGGGUCCCCUUUUUGCAUCUGAGGUACAUGUUAAACCUGGAAGACCAGAAUCUCAUGCCUAGCAAGUUGUCUUAUAAGAAUCUGACAGGAAGUUGAAACUAGGUUUUAAACACUGGGAGAGGAGGCCAGGACUUGAGAACUUCUCUUGAUGUAGAGAAAAACAGAGACCUGAGCUUCAGAGUAGGGAUCCAGGCAGUGUGUGUGGAGGGGGUGCAACUGUGAGGAUUCUCAAAGCUGAGUGUGGGGGUAGGGGCUGGCAUUCGUGCAGUUGUUGAGUGUAGGGUCUGUGUAAGCAGGUGGAAUUGUCGUGGUGCUGACAGUACAGAGGAUGAGGAUCCUUUAAAGAGAGUUUGGCUGCUCACGUGGCUCGCAGCGAAUUGCGGUGGUCAGAGGAAGAAAGCUGGAGUUCACGUUGUUUCCUAGCAGUUAUCACAUGUUAUUGCUGCUGUUUCUUUGAGACAUAAUUGCAACAGCAGCAGAGCCCCUUGGCCAGCUGAAAAUAAAGUGACCCUAUGUUCUGUCCUGAUUCCCUCAGGUUUGUGUUGCUUUGAUCCUCUUGCCAUUCCAGGUAAUUUUAAUUGAAGUACUGGAACUCAGAGCCCUGAACUGCUAAUUUUUGUCAGGCCCUUGGCUCAGCAACAAGGACAUUGCCUUUCCCUCUUGCUCCAAGCUGGAGGCUGAAUUGCAGCUCCUUGCAGAGCACUUCUUGCACAGACCGCGUGGUUUGAGUUCAUUGGCCAGCUGUCUGCUCAGCUCUGCUCACACGAGGCGAGUACAAAUGAGUCCAUGCUCAGAAACCUCUACAGCCCAACUGCUUCAUGAGUCACAGCGUGAGCAAGACAUGCCCACCUCCAGGAACACCAAAUGAACUGCGCUGUUGCCAUUCCUUUGUAAGCUGAAUGUGUGGUAGAUGUUGCAGGGAGGAAACCCAGUUCCAAGUAAACAUCUGUUACUGAGCAGCUCUAAGUUCUGCGUACCACAGGAAAAAUAAAAAGCAGAAAAGAGGGAAGAUUGGUUCAUUUACCCGCAUUUCAGGCCCUUGUGACAGCAUACAGUCUGAGGCUGAUUGCUUUUGUUCAGGUUGAGGAUCCUCGUGUACUUGAAGGCAAGAAGCAUCCUUCCAUAAAUGCAGGAGCAACCUCCACCAGCUUCUCAAGCUCUUCACGUGUGUUGGAGGUGUGUUAACGGGGAUUGCACACUGCUGCUCAGGUAGAGAUGUUCCCUCUGUAGGACCUGAGUUCUGUGUUGAGGUGAGAAGAAACCUUUGUCCUCCCCAGGUGAGCGGCAGGAGUUCUGAAGAAGUAGAUUUCAUUGAAGUACAGCUCGAGGAUAAUGCAGUUAGUAAGCUUUAAUUCAUACCACUGGGAGCAUGGCAGUGUAGAACCAAUAGUCGUCAUGUGUUUCUAAGUUGGAUCCCAUACUCCUCCCUUUAGGAAGGUGUUACAUGAUUUUACUCCUCUGUUUUCUGGGAACUUCUUAUUUUCAGUUUUAAAUUUUCUUCAUGGCAUUUCAUCUCUGUUCUCGUACCAAAUACUUUUGAUCAAGUUUAUAUUUCUUCACUGGAGUUACAUUCAUCAGUGCAGCUGAUGCACAACUGCCUCCUCUCACCUUCAGUUCUGCUAGGAAAAGGAAGCCAAGAACUCUUAGGUGCUAAUAAAGCCAUUCUCAAGACCUUCCUGCUGUUUCUUUGCAGCGGUUUCAGUUUUACUUAGAAUCAUGGAACCAUUUGAGUCGGAAGGGACCACUAAAGGCCAUCUGGUUCAACUCCACUGCACUGAACAGGGACACCCACUGGUCAGGUGCUCGGAGUCCCAUCCCCUCACCUUGGGUGUCUGCAGGGACAGGGCAUCCAUGCAGGUGCAAAUACAUGUAUUUAAUAACGAGGCAGGAAAAUAAAUGCUUGAACAUCAA